GUGUCCUUUAACAAAGGUAUGAUGAAAUUUGCAUUGCAUGAAUCUACCUUUACUUGUGCCUUAGCAAUGUUUUUUUGUUUUUGUUAACUGUUUUAUGUUGAAUGGUCUUGUCACGAGAAUCUUAUUGUUCUGUUCUCUUUUGAGUUUCGAUUAUCGAAUUAGGUGUUCUUAGCAAACCUCUAAUUUAGAUUCCGUCUGUAGAAAAAAUGUACUGUUUAAUUUCUGGUUAAACCCUUUUCGUAAAACAUUGAACUCCGUACUUAGAUGUUUUUUUUUUUACCAAAACAACUCUCCUGUGUGGAAACAUUCCUUAAUCUUUAUAGAGUAAGCUCCAAAACAUGGAAUGUAACAAGGAUGAAGCUAGAAGGGCAAUGGAUAUCGCUGAGAAGAGAGUUUCAGAGAAAGAUUACAAUGGAGCCAAGAAAUUUGUUAACAAAGCUCACACUUUGUAUCCUAACCUUGAUUGUUUGCAACAAGUGUUGAUGAUGAUCGAUGUUUAUAUCUCUGCAACAAACAAGAUCUACGGAGAAGCUGAUUGGUACGGAGUUCUCGGUGUAGACCCUUUGGCUGAUGAUGGAGCGGUGAAGAGACAGUACAAGAAGUUGGCUCUUUUGCUUCAUCCUGAUAAGAACAAGUUUAAAGGCGCGGAAGGUGCGUUUAAGCUGGUUUCACAAGCUUGGUGUUUGUUAUCUGAUAAGGUCAAGAGAAGUGGUUAUGAUCAAAAGAGGAAGUCGAAAGAUGCAACUCCCGGGAUGCAGAAACCACCAAACCCAACACACAAGCCUGAUCCUCAUAAUGGGAAUCAAAAUGCUAGAGGAGGUGUGGAUCCGAGUGCUAGGGCUACAAGUGAUCAUAAGCCUGCUAGUGGGAUGCCAAAACCACCAAAUCCACCCAAGCCAGCAGCAUCUUCUAACGGGAAUCAAAAUGCUCGAGGCGGUGUGGAUCCGAGCGCUGGGGCUACAAGCAAUCAUAAGCCUGCUAGUGGGAUGCCAAAACCACCAAAUCCACACAAGCCUGCUUCUCAUAAUGGGAAUCAAAAUGCUAGAGGUGGUGUGGAUCCGAGUGCUAAGGCUACAAGUGAUCAUAAGCCUGCUAGUGGGAUGCCAAAACCACCAAAUUCACACAAGCCAGCAACAUCUUCCAAUGGGAAUCAAAACGCUAGAGGUGGUGUGGAUCCGAGUGCUGGGGCUACAAAUGAUCAUAAGCCUGCUAGUGGGAUGCCAAAACCACCAAAUCCACACAAGCCAGCAUCUUCUAACGGGAAUCAAAAUGCUAGAGGAGGUGUGUAUCCGAGUGCUGCGGCUACAAGUAAUCAUAAGCCUGCUUGUGGGAUGCCCAAACCACUAAAUCCACACAAACCAUCAUCUUCAAGCGGGCAUCAAAAUGCUAGAGACCGUGUGGAUCUGAGCCCUAAACCUAGGAGUUUUGCCCCUGCUCCUGCCCCUGCCCCUGCCCCUGCCCCUGCUGAUUCAUCAAAACAGCAUACAGAUAGUAUGUUGUUUUGGACAGUGUGCAAUAGAUGCACGACACAAUGUCCAUAUGUGACGGGUUUUUGUCAUAUAAAGCCCGUACAUUGUCUUAUCUGUGGUCAGAUUUUCAGUGCAACACAAGUUGUGAAGCCAGUCAACUGCUCAACAUCUCCUCAACAACAACAAAACAGCUCCCAAAAUAAAGCAACAAACAAAAGCACCAAUGGAGCUUCUUCUUCUGUGAGAAAUUCUUCUCCAUCUGCAGCUCCAAAACUCCACAAGCAAGUGCCCAAAGUCAAGCAACAAACCAAAACACAAAUGGAGCCUCUUCUUCACACAGAGUUUCUUCACCAUCUGUUAGUGCAACCGUGAACAUUCCACAGGUAAAUGUUUUGAGGCCAGUCGUCAACCUCUCAUCAUCUCCUCAACUACAACAGCAACAACAAUGGAGUGCCCAAAACACAAGUGGUGGUACCUAUUCACAGAAUUUUUCUUCAUCAUCGGUUAGUUAUACCUACAAUUUUCAGUGGAAUUGUUCAGUGUCAGUAACGGCCAAUUCUGGUAGCAUAAAUGCCACAAAUCAAGCACAAGAAGUUUUGAAAAGAGUACGGGAGUCACAUGCUACUGCAGGGAAGGUUCUUAAGAAGCCGAGGGCAGAGAAGGUGCUUAAAAAGCCGAGGGCAGAUGGGAGAUAAGAAUUGAAAAGACUUAUCACAAAUUUCUUGAAGUUGCUGAGUUCUGUUUUUUGCCUUUCAGGAUGCUUUAUGAUAUGUUAUGGAUCCUUUUUUUUUUGUUUUCUUUUUUUAUCUCUAGACUCAACUAAAGUGGAACAAGAGAAAGUUCUCCUUUCACCGUCAAUGUGUGAUGUCCUAAGUUCUCUUAACCACUCUGGUGUAGUUUCAAUAUUUGUGGAAGAUCCUUUUGAUUCAAGAAAAUUGGGUUUCAUGACUCUGAAGCCUUGUUUUUCUCUAGUUUUAGCUCUGUUGUUUUACUUGAAUAAUAACUGAUGGAAUGAGAUUGAAACUUAGACAGACACAUAUAUGGUAUAGUAAAUCUUGGACAAGAAAAUAUAAGAUAAGUCCCCUGCAAGAUCACCAUCAGACAUAGAGGCUCAUGGUAGUAUCCAUACCACUAAGACACCAAAUUUGUUUCAAGAGAACAUGAUCAAAUCUUUACAGGACAGCUUCUGCUGAUUUUCUUCUCUAAUCACAAGCAACACAUAUUCAAGAAAAACAAACGUUUGUUGUAAACAAUUUGUUUGUCCGUAAUGAAUCAUAUGUAAUUGUUGGAUGAUGCUCCAUAAAGAAACAUAUGUUAGAUGGAGUAUGUAAGAACUAUGAAUCCACUCGUCAGUCAAGUAAAUCAGGAUCAGAAAAAAAAAACCUGAAAUGUAAUCUACAAUCAGAGUCUAAAUGCUUGAGCUUUAUGAGAGAAAGUAUAUUCCUAAUCCCACAUAUCAAGAAAGCAGAGUUGAAAAUAGUGGUGGUGUAGCCGUAGGGCAAUCAACCUACCUGUCUCCAGAGAUAUGGCUUCCACAGAUAAGUGUAUAAGUUCUGAUAUCGAAUGAGG